AUGGAUAUCUAUACAGAAGAUGAUUUCGACGAAAACAACCCGGUCACGAAAGCAAACUACGCCGAUGUACCAGAAGAAGAUAAGUACGAAAAGUUCGAAAUAAGUGAUGAAAAAGAGGAAUUUGAAGACGAGGACUACGAUGAAGACGAUGAAUCUGAUUUAGAUCAUACCACACUAGUCCAGGUCCUGUCAAAUUCGUCCACAGAAUCACGUUGUAGCAUAUUACAAGAAGAAAUCAGGUUAUUGAAGCUGGAAAAUGAUCUGUUGCUCUCAAGAGAAAAAUCGCUAAAGGAUAGAUUAGAACUCCUGGGUAACGAUAACGAAACACUCAACACCAAGGUCCUGGAGUAUGAAGUGAAGGUAUCGUCGUUGAAUAAGGAAAUCGACCUGGUUAAGUGCCGCUCUGAAGCGCGCCAAUCAACACUGGAGAACAAUUACAGGGAAUUGUGCUCAAAAAUCGCAGCAAGUGAAGAGUUGAACCAGAAAAUGAGGUUCGACCUGAACCAGCAGAGGGCUAAAAACACGGUUUUGGAGGAAUUAGUGGAAAAUAAAAACACAGCAAUAGCUGAAUUAGAAAGAAGAAUGGAGCACUUGGCACCUUCAAGUCAGAUUACCGUAAAACUGAACGGAGAAGUACAGUCUGAUGACAAGUACAAAGAUCUCAAGUAUAGAUUACACGCAACGGAAAGGCAACUUGACCAAGUUGUUACAGAGCUCUCAAAAGUUGUAUCACACAACACUAGUCUCAACAAUGAUGCAAAUUCAAAAACUAGUACCAAAUAUCUAGACUACCGAGCACUAAUAAAAGAUUAUAACCAGAAGUCUUUAAGGGUGAAAGAGUUGGAAGAGAGACUCUCAAGUGACGAAAACAAGUCAAAAAUCGCUACUUUAGAGGACAGUAUUAAGAUACUGAAUGAAAAAUUGGCCACCAGAUCAAAUGCACUAAAGGAGACUGAAAGAGAGCUCAAGGAGUUUUAUUCAAAACAGCUUGACGAUUUAAGAACCAAUAUUUCUGAGCAUAAACAAAUGAUUGAUUCAAAGGUCCAAGAGUUAAACACAUACAGAGAUAGAAUAGAGUCCAUGAAAAUGGAACUGGACUUGAAAAACAAGUCGAUUAUCGAUAAGAACGAGGCUCUAAACAGAGAAAAAUCGCAAAACCACGAGAUUUUUUUAGAAAACGAAUCCCUCAAGAGGAAAAUCAACGAGUAUAUGGAUCAAAUCAGAUCACUGAAGCUGGAGAACCAGGUUCUUCUGGACAGAGAAGCGACUCACAUAGCUGAGUUUAAGAACUACUCAAAUGAAACUGACUUGAAGUUAAAGAAAAUGGAAUUGGUACUCAGACACACUCAGCAGAUGAACAAUAAGCCCAACUCUACCCAGAAUGACGAGACUGAUAAAAAGGACUACUCGGAGUUUAAGAAUCAGCUCUUGGAGGAAUUUAGUGAGAUCAAGCAGCUUCUAAACACUCUGGAAAGAUCGAAAAAGGAGCAACAGCAGAACAACAACCUAAUUCUGACUUUAAGGCACCAGAACGAUACAACGAUGACUGCACUGAGGGAAGAGAAUAAAAACGCACUAAACUCCUUCUCGGAGAAGAACAACACAACCCUUACUGAAUUGAAGCAACAGAACAUGAAUUUGGCUACAACGGUGACAGACAAUGUCAACAAGGUCCUGAAUUCACUGAAUAACAACAGUGAUAACCUGUUGAAAGAAAUAAAGUCGCAACUGGAAUCACUUAAGGAUGAACUUAGGGCGAGUGAGGCUGAAAAGUUUGUUCCAGAAACUCCAACGAAAACGCCUAAUCUAGAUGAGGCAAACAUUGAGGCUUCAGAUGAUUCAUUGUCUGAAAAGUACAAUAAACUGAAGGAGUCGUUUAAAGAAACCACGACAACUCUUCUGAGAAAGGAGAAGGUCUUAAUAGACUCCCUAAAAAAGACUGUCUUAGAGUGCCACACGUAUAAGAUGCAGCUUGAGGAGUUGAAGAACUCGACUCCCAACGCAGACGAUAACGCUGGAGUAACUAAAUCAUCACUAAAAUGCAGCUGUAAAGAUAUGGUAAAACGAGAUUCUGACUCGAAGGUCAAAAACUGUUGGUGCAGAUUCAAAAACUUCACCAAUCUUAGACGUGCCCUGUCUAGGAAGGCAAUGUUGCUCGAGUCUCAAGUUUUGGAUUCGAUGGAGAAACCAAAAGUGAAGCGUAGAACUCGACAAUCUGAGAACUUAGAAUAAUAUAUUACUGAAAUC